AUGGCGGACCCCCUAAGUACCAUUGCAAACGUAUUAGCGGUCCUGAAACUUACGGCGGUCGCGACCCAGUACAUCAAAGAAGUCAAGCAAGCAUCGUCAGAUCGCCUUCGCCUCCGAGAUGAACUCCGCAGUGCCACCUGCCUCUUGGAAAUGCUCAGAGACAGGUUGGAAGAUUCAGAAGAUGCCGAAGGCAGUGAUGCAGAGACUUUGAAGCCGCUCUCAAUCGCCUCGCUUGAAGGAGGAGAUGGCCCGCUCGAGCUGUUUAAACGGGUGUUAGAAGAGAUCAUCAACAAACUCGCACCCCAAAACCGCCUCAGCCGGGCUGCCCAGUCUUUGACAUGGCCAUUCAAUAAAAAGGAAGUUACCGAACUCAUAUCCACGCUGGAACGACUCAAAAGUCAUUUCACUUUAGUCAUGCAGAACGACCUCGUCGAACUCACGAAACUCUCCCAUCUCAAACUUGACAGUAUACAAACGCAGGUGGAAAACACCAGAUCAAGGUCCCGAGACGAAGAGAGCCAGAGGAUUAUUCUUUGGGUCAGCACGCUGCCCUACCGCCCUCGACAUGUCGACGUCCUCGAAACCGCACAGCCCGGGACCGGGACUUGGUUUCUCAACCAUCCCACCUUCAAAAGAUGGGUCAAUGGGACUUCUGCCGCCACACUUUGGUGCCCGGGGAUUCCUGGCGCUGGCAAGACGAUAUUAGCGUCACUAAUAAUCGACAACCUAGAGCGAGAGCACAGUUCAUCCGAUACCCUCUGCACCUAUGUGUAUUGCAACUACGCCAAGAGGCAAGACCAAACUGCUGUGGCGCUGCUGUCGAGCCUAUUACAGCAAGUCCUCCAGCACUCUACUGCUGGGACUUUGCCGGCAGCGGUGGAAUCACUCUACCGACUACACAAGAAGCACGGCACGCGGCCGACCCUUGCUCAGGUUACUGACACCUUGCGGGCUUUGACUGCCAAAUUCUCCGUCUUCCGCGUCGUUGUGGACGCACUAGACGAAUGUGCCGAGUCAGACAACGACGCUCUCCGUUUCAUAUCUGCCGUUCGGUCCUUGGGUUCAUCUGUCAAGGUUCUUUGCACCUCCCGGUUUUCAACUACGUUUGAAAGGUAUUUUGAUGGCGCUGAGAAGCUCGAGAUAUCCGCACAUAGUGAAGAUAUCCGGAUCUACUUAGACUCGCAAAUACAACAACAAGCGGGACUUUCAAGGCAUGUCCGAGCUGACCCGAGCUUGAAAGAGGAAAUAAUCGAUGCUAUAGUCGAGGAGUUUCACGGAAUGUUUCUCUUAGCAAAACUUCAUCUCGAAUCCCUCUCCACGAAAAUCAACCGUAAAGCCAUCCGCGUUGCCCUCAAAACAUUGCCGACAACCCUCGACGCCACCUAUUCCGAAGCCGUUGAACGAAUCUCCAAUCAAGCUCCAGACCUUGUCGAGGUCGCCGAAUCCGUCUUAUUUUGGGUUAUCUGUGUCAAGCGGCCCCUGUCGGUGCUCGAGUUGCGACAUGCGUAUGCUACUAGGGAACUUCCUGAGAAUACGCCUCUUGAAGACGACGACUUGCCUGACGGAGAGAUACUGACGAGUACCUGCGGCGGCCUCAUCAAGGUGGACGGGGAAUCCCAGACUGUGCGAGUGGUCCACUACACGACCCAAGAAUAUUUCGAAAGAUCCCACGCUCAAAACCUUUUUAUGGCGAAGCGAGACUUAGCCAGCAUCAGCCUCGCCUAUCUUACACUACCAAACUUUUCCGACGGCCCCUGCUUGACGGAUAAGACAAUGGCUCGGCGGCUGGAACAGUACCCGUUUUUGGACUAUGCUUCAAACCACUGGGGCGAGGGCAUUGGUAAACUGUCUGACAGCGACGUUGAAAGGAUUUGGCAUAAGAUGAAUCAGUUUCUCUCAAACAAGGGUUCGCUGGAAGUCGCCUGCCAAGUUCAAUACCUACCACGCAUCCGCUAUUCGUACUGGAGCCAAGAGUAUCCGAGAAACGUCCCGCCCCUUGUUGUUGCCGCAAGUUUCGACAUGCCGCAAAUUCUCCAAAAGCUCAUCACUGGUGGCGGUCUCGACGUUGAGUCCUGUGGAACGGACCGGGUGACAGCCCUCAAUCGUGCCGCUGCCUGUGGCCAUGCCGACAACAUUAGAACCCUGGUUGGACAAGGGGCUGACCUAGAGGCUCGCGACUACAUGGAAGAGACCGCCUUGCAGAAAGCUGCCGGGAAAGGAGCCGUAGAUGCUCUCCGAACUUUGAUAGAUGCGGGCGCAGAUGUCAACGCCCGAUCGCCCGACUGGACAUCGCUCAUGCACGCUGUUUCCUCGGCGAAUCUUGAGGCUGUCGAGAUGCUAGUCCUCGCAGGAGCGGACUCUGCGGUCGAGACACCGUGGGGCGAAACCGCGUUAACGCUUGCAUUGACCAACGGCCAGAAAGCCAUCGCGAAGUUCCUUGCGGACCAGGGGAUUCCCCUUCCACGAAAUCCCGCUGGACGCCGUGCCUCCCGAACCGCCUCCCGCAAAGGAAUGUUCGACCUUAUACAACGACUCACAGCCGAUUAUGGAACAGUUGCCGCUGAACCACUGCAGCGCCAAUCAACCAGAGUAGCCACAGCCUUGACAAAGAUUCAGGAGGAAGAAGAGCCCCCAGACACAAUCGCAACACGCGUCCCUAUCCCUAUCCCUGAGCAACCCGGGUUCCGGAGAGCCGAUGAGGAAUUUGAAGACUACUUCUUGCGUUCAUUAGAAGGACUAUCAUACAGUGUUGGUUUCACGACCAUGUACGAAAUGGGGGAUUUGCUUGGAAGUGGCCACUUUGCAGAUGUUCACUUUUGUACCAACCGAGUGACUGGAGUGAGGGCCGCUGUCAAAGUCUACAAUGUCACCAAGCGACCGGAGCCCUUGGUGAUCGGAUCUAUGCGCAACGAGGUUGCGAUUCUUUCGGAGCUGCGAGAGAAUUCUCAUCCGGCGAUUCUCCAAAUCAUGCAUCCUUUUGCUGACCACAAUACUGGGAGAGUACUCAUUGUCACAGAGCUGGCCCCUGGGGGGGAACUAUUCCACCUAAUCAUACGACGAGGAAAGUUGUCGGAACAACAAACCCGCAGAAUCUUUGUGCAGCUCUUGUCGGCGGUGGAGUUUUUACAUAACCACGGCUUGAUACACAGGGAUAUCAAACCGGAAAACAUACUUCUAUCUGACGAAGAGAGCUUGUCGAUAAAGCUCGCCGAUUUCGGUAUUUCCAAGCGCGUUCCUGACGAUUCAGGUCCCUGGCAUUACAACGCAACGCUGUGCGGAACACCAAGUUACGUGGCUCCAGAGAUACUUGCCAAACCCUCUUCCCGUCGGAGGUCUGGGACCCCAACGGAUAUCUGGUCCUGCGGUGUCGUGCUGUACGUCUGUCUCUGUGGGUUUCCGCCGUUCUCGGACGAACUCAGGACCCCGAAAUUUCCCUACGACCUCGCCGACCAGAUUAGGGGGGCAAUGUUUGAUUAUCCCUCCCCUUACUGGGACUCCGUCGGUGAUCCAGCCUUGGACUUGAUCGACAACAUGAUCAUCGUGGACAUGGAGAAGCGAUAUUCCGCCCGACAGUGUUUGGAACACCCGUGGAUGGCAAACGAUGCACCGACAAUACUGGAAGGGGAAGAGGGUGUAAGGUCGGCCAGCCCUGAGCUACUGACCUAA